AUGACCCUGCUCACAUCGGACAGCGAUCUCGGGCGGACAGCAGCUGCGGACGACGAGCUCGGCCGCGGCGCCGGCUCGAACCAGCUUCUGCUCACCAAGGAGGAGCAGCAGCGCCGCCGUGCAGCCGCGAAAAAGGCGGCGGCCACGCAGGCCGCGGCCGACGCAGCGGCUGCCAAAGCGGCCACGCCGCAGAGCAAGGCGCAGCGGCGCAAGCUGGAGCAGCUGGCCGCGCGGAAGCGCAAAGCGGAGGAGCGCGCCGCCGUCCUCGCCUCACUCUCUCAACACCGCGUCGCCGCAGCGCACGUGCCGCUGCUGCGCUCGAGCGGCACCAUGGGCCAGCAGCUGUCGAAGCGGCAGCGGCUGCAGCGCGCGCUGCAGGCCAAGGCGGCACAGGUCGAACUAGACGACGUUGAGCCGCUCGAGGUCCUCCGCGCGACGCCAGACGACGAGCCGCCGCGAGCGCUGGCCGCCGCCUCGGCGGCGGGUGGUGGAGGCGGAGGCGGCGUGGCGGCCGGCGCGGCGGAGGAGGAGCGGGACGACGCGUAUUGGGCGCGGCAGGCGAUGGGCUUCGGGCUCGCUCUGGGCGGGCUGCCCGGCGACGUUCGCGGGUGCGGGUCCCUCUCCUUGCGCAAGGGCAAGGCUAGCCGGACGACGCUGGACGCUGCCUCGCGCAUGAGCAGUCAGGCAAGGCAGGGGGAGGAUGAGGGCGAGGAGGGCGAGGAGGCCGAGGAGGAGGACGACGACGAGGAGGAGGACGACGACGACGACGAGGAGGAGGAGGAGGCCGACGGCGGCGGCGACGACGACGACGAAAUGGAGGAGGCGGGGCAGCGGCAAGAGGAGGCGGGGCAGCAGCAAGAGGAGGGAGGCGAGGAGGAAACAGAGGAGGCGGAGGAGGCGGAGGAGGCGGAGGAGGAGCUCGAGGCGGCGGAGAGUGAGGAGCUGUCCCUCGAAGAGGAGGACAUGGAGGAGGAGGUGGUGGAGCCGAUGCGAGCCGUGCUGCGGCACGGCGGCACCCUCCUGCGGCAGCUCGACGCCGCGCAGGCGCUGCCCGCGGGAAGCCGCCGCCAGCGCCGCGCGCUGCACGCCGUGUGGCGCCAGUUCACGGCCGAGCAGAGGCGGGAGAUGGCGGCGCUGGCGGACUCCGACGACGACGACGACGACGACGACGAGGGCAGGGGCGGGAGCGGCGGCGGGCAGGGCGGGCAGGGCGGGCAGGGCGGGAGGCCCCUCAGCGAAGUUGCGCGCUCGGUGCUUGCACUCUUCGAGGGCGCCUCCGCCGCCGCCGCCUCCUCCUCCGCCGCCUCCUCCGCCAGUGGCGGCGGGGGCGGCGGCACGGCGCCGGCGGCAGCAGCGCCGGCGACCUCGUCCCCGGUGCCGUCGGCGGCGGCUGGCUCCUCGGCGGCGGCGUCUGCGGCAGUGUCCUCGGCGGCGAGGAGCGGCGCAGCGGCGACCCAGGCCGCCGCCGCGCCGGCCCGCAGCACCGUCGCCGGCCCGCUGUCGCGGACGGGCGCCUUUUACGUGCCCGUCCAGCGCACGCCCGCGGUGGUCGCGUCACGGGAGGGCCUCCCGAUCUUUGGCGAGGAGCAGCGCGUGAUGGAGGCGGUGGGCGAGAGCGACACGCUGCUGCUCUGCGGCGAGACGGGCUCCGGCAAGACGACGCAGGUCCCCCAGUUCCUGUACGAGGCGGGGUACGGACACCCCGACGCCGGCCAGCGGCGCGGCAUGGUCGGCGUGACGCAGCCGCGCCGCGUCGCGGCGAUCGCGAUGGCGCAGCGCGUGGCGCACGAGCUCAACACGCCCGUCGGCGGCACGGUCGCCUACCAGGUCCGGUACGACUCGUCGAGUGUGGGCAAGGAUUGCCGCAUCAAGUUCAUGACGGACGGUGUGCUGCUGCGCGAGGUCGGCCAGGACUUGCUGCUCCAAAAGUACUCCGCCAUCGUGCUUGACGAGGCGCACGAGCGAGGAGUCAACACCGACCUUCUCCUCGGCCUCCUCUCGCGCGUCGUGCAGCUGCGUGCGCGCGCGGCCGAGAGCGCGCCGGCGGCGGGCGCCCCUUCGGCGGGCCCGCUCAAGCUGAUCAUCAUGUCGGCGACGCUUCAGGUCGAGGCGCUCAAGGCGAACGCGGCGCUCUUCCCAUCGCCGCCGCCGGUGCUCUCCGUCGCGGCGCGGCAGUACCCGGUGACGGUCCACUUCUCAAAGAAGACGCCGGACGACCACGUCGACGCCGCCUUCUCCAAGGUUGGGCGCAUCCACUGCCGCCUCCCGCCCGGCGCAAUCCUCGUCUUUCUCACCGGCCAAAAGGAGAUCGAGCACCUCUGCGCCAGGCUGCGGCGCCGCUUCGCGCGCGCGGCGGUGCGGCGCGGCGGCGGCGCGGGGGCGGCGGCGGCGGCAGGGGGCACGGAGGCGGUGGCGGAGGCGGCGGGGGAGGAGGAGCGGCGGGCGGUGGCGGAGGCGGCGAUCCGCGAGGUGACGGCGGUGGAGGCGGAGGCGGGAGGGCCUGCCCUCGCGCGCGGGGCGACCGGCCUGAUUGGUGAGGAGGAGGAGGAGGACGAGCGGCCAGGGAGCGGCGGCGGCGGCGGCGGCGGAGGUGGCUUUGAUGACGUGAUGGACGACGGCGCGCGCCUCAUCGUGGUAGCGACCAACGUCGCCGAGACCUCGCUCACGAUCCCGGGCGUGCGGUACGUCGUCGACAGCGGCAAGCACAAGCAGCGCAACUUUGACGAGCGAGGCGCAGCCCUCACGCCUCCACCUCGAGGCAGGCGAGUGCCCGUCGAGGGGGUGGCGAUGGGCAUCGUGCACGUGCACUCAUUCCCCUUCCCCGAGCCGCCCGCACGCGAGUCGGCGCGCGUGACCGACUUGGGCAGAGUGCUCGCGCGGCUCCCCAUCUCUGCGCGGCUCGGCAAGCUCCUCGUGCUCGGCCGGCAGGCAGGCGUGCUGCAGCACGCGCUGCCGCUCGCGGCGAUGCUCGCGCAGCCUGACCCGCGCGGCUUCGACGCCGGCGAGGCGGCCGAGGCGGCCGAGGCGGCCGAGGCGGGGGCAGAGGGCGCCGCGGGGGCGGGGGCGGAGGCAGGGCGCGCAGGGCGCGGCACGGCGGAGGGAGGCGCAGAGGGAGACGCCGCCGGAGCGGGGGAGGGGGCGGCAGGGCAGUGGGCGUGCGCCGAGUCAGACGCCGUCUCGCUGCUCGGCACGUACCUGGCCUGGCGGACGGCGGGCGGAGACGACGACGCGGCGGCGGCGUUGCGCCUCACGCCAAAGGUGAUGAAAGAGGCGCACCAGCUGCAGGCGCAGCUCGCCGAGCUGCUGCGCCAGAUCUUUCCGCACGACCCGCCGCUGCCCGCCGCCGUCGCGCCGCCCGACGGCACGCAGGCGGUCGCGCUGCGCCGCGCCCUCGCCCACAGCCUGCCCGACCGCGUCGCGCGGCUGGCAUCGCUCUGCGACUCUCCCGCCGAGCUGCAGCUGCUGCGCGACCUCUCCAAGGACCUCAAGCCCGCCCUCGUCCGCCGCGCCUACCUCGCCGCAGAGCAAGGCCGCGGCCAGCUCCUCUGGCUGCGCCCCGGCUCGCGCCUCGCCGCCGCGCGGCCACGGCCUCCGUACAUCUCUUUCUUCGAGAUUCAACACGCCAAGCGGCCGUACAUGGAGCGCGCUUCGGCCGCCGACCCGCGCUGGCUGCCCGACGCGUCGCCUUCCCUCACGCGCCUCUCGGCCCCCCUCGCCGAGCUGCCGCCGCUGUACGACGCCGCGGAAGACUGCACCCUUUGCUGGCGCGCACGACGCACUCCAAAGACCGCGCCUGCGGCCACCCUGUGCAGCCCCACCUAUGGCGCCGCGGGAUGGCAGCUGCCUCCGGUGGCGCGGCCGCCGCCCGCCGCCGACACAGCGAUGCGCGCGGCCCUGUUUGGGCGCGCGCUCUGCGCCGGCCACGUCCUCCGCGCGCUCAAGCCCCUCGCCGAGCCGCUCACGCCUCGCGCGCGCGCGAUGAGCGACGCGGCCGUGGUCGACCGCGCCGCGCUCGCCCUGCGCUCCCGCCUCGAGGGCGGCGGCGUGCUGAGCCGUGCGGCGCUGUGCGGCCGGCUGAGGAGCGAGCCGCGCUUCCUCCUCCGCGAGAUCGCGGCGCUGCUGCCGCCCGAGCGGAGGCAGGCGCUGCUCGACGCGUGGCCGAAGCUGCUGCUGCAGGCAGAGCGAGCCGGCGCGGCGUGA